CAGUCAUGUCUCUCUCCUUCUGGAAGGCACAGCCAGAGGAGACUGUCCAAUUGCCAAGCAACCCACUGUCGGCCAAUCACAGAGCUCGGAGGUGAUGUCAUGGUGAGAGCCGAGCAGUGGUGCUGAUGUGGAGAGAAGCCCAGGGUACCACUAAUUGAGGGAGUGAAGAAGGCGGCAGCUCGCUUCUAACUGGACUACAGUGUCCUGAGCUGGGAGCAGACUUACCUUGACUUUCACUAGGACUCAGCUCUCAUAUUCCAGAAAACAUGACCCUUGCUGCCUACAAGGAGAAGAUGAAGGAGCUCCCACUGGUGUCCUUGUUCUGCUCCUGCUUCCUGGCCGACCCCCUGAAUAAGUCAUCCUAUAAAUAUGAAGGCUGGUGUGGGAGACAGUGUAGGAGAAAAGAUGAGAGCCAGCGGAGAGACAGUGCUGACUGGAGAGAAAGAAGAGAGCAGGCAGACACCGUGGACCUGAACUGGUGCGUCAUUUCCGACAUGGAAGUCAUUGAGCUGAAUAAAUGCACCUCUGGACAGUCCUUUGAAGUCAUCCUGAAGCCACCCUCCUUCGAUGGGGUGCCUGAGUUCAAUGCCUCCCUCCCCAGACGGCGAGACCCAUCGCUGGAAGAAAUCCAGAAGAAACUGGAAGCAGCUGAGGAGCGGAGGAAGUACCAGGAAGCAGAGCUCCUGAAGCACCUGGCAGAGAAGCGAGAACAUGAGCGGGAGGUGAUCCAAAAAGCCAUUGAGGAAAACAACAACUUCAUCAAGAUGGCAAAGGAAAAACUGGCCCAGAAGAUGGAAUCCAAUAAGGAGAACCGGGAGGCCCACCUUGCCGCCAUGUUGGAACGGCUGCAAGAGAAGGACAAGCACGCGGAGGAGGUGCGGAAAAACAAGGAGCUGAAGGAAGAGGCCUCGAGGUAAAGCCCAGAGGCAAAGAAGUUUCCAGAACGGCCAGACAGCUCCAGCAGCUCCGCAGUUCCGGAGGCAGCCUGGCCCAUCGCUGGCUGCUCUCCCAGCACCGGGGUUUGGGGGGAGGGGGGUGGCCAG